ACGCUAACCGCGGCGUACGUUUCGUCACUGGAAUACGAGGCGGAUCGGAUUGUUUUCUGUCCUCAUUCCGCCAUUAUUAUUUAAAAAUUCAGCAUUGUUUUAUUUUCGUGCUCGGUGUUAUUCAUUCAACGCCAGAAAGUGAUGUUAUAUCGUGUGACUGUUGUUCGCUGAAGUGUUGAAGUGUUACGUUUCCUGUUCGAUUAUCAUACCGCCCGGACAGAAACAAGCAACUGCGAUCAGCUAGCCCACUCUUUAUCACGUGGGUCAAAAUUCAAAUUUUAGAGCUAUGUCAGAAGUUAUUGUCUCGUAUGAGUAUCUAUGACGCUUGGUAUCGAUUUUGCAUUGGGUACACCUAGAAAAACCGGCUUCUUAUCGCAUCUAAACGUUGUAUAUUUCAGGAGUGCGCCGGUCGGGCAGCUCGUUUCGGCCGGGGAACUGUGGAACUGGCGGGCGAUUGACGGGAAAGAAUGGUCAAAUCGGAUUGUGCAGUGCAGUGUAGUCAAGUGAUUGUGUUUUGAAGUGCUGACUGUGGUAUAGAGGAGCUCAGGAUUACAUAAGGGCGUUAUGGGUGAGGAUAACGGGGAAGUAUAGCCGGGCGACGCGGGUCAUGGCCCCGGGUCCCCGGCCACCCGCCGCCAUGGACGUCCCGGAGCCGCCGUGCGCGCCGCCCGAGCCCCCCGACCUGCCCGAGCUCUCGGAGCUGACCCUUUCGCUCUCGCAGUGCGAUCGAGCACUCGCAUCCAGCUCCGAUCUCGCCACGAUGGACGAUGACGAUAUGGGGAUUCAGGAGCAGCCAAAUCUCGCCAAAGACUCCCAAGAAAUGGAGCAGAUCCUCAAUGAUCUUAAUAACACUGAUCUGGGACAAGCAGACCUCCUUCAGGCUAUCAAAACAUUAGAAACAGGUGAUGUACUUUCAACAGGAGAUGCUGACUCCAUAUUUCCCUUAUCUGGCUUUGAUAUGGCUGAACCGGUAGAUUCAGAAAGUGAUGCAAACACAAUGGAGGAAAAAAUAAAAGCAACACAGCUUCAGCUGGAACGGAGAUGUGCAUUUUUACUUAGAAGGAUGAGGAUGUUGCAAGCCAGAACAUUAGGCAAAAGAGUGUCAGAGGAGGUGGCUCAUACAUUUGACAAAGCUAUGAAAGGAGCCAGGAAAGAUGGUGUAGGUAGACCAAUGGGUCUGAAGGCAUUUCUAAAGAAAGUUGAGACAACAGCGGCUUUGCAAGCCAGUGCUUCCUCUCGAUCUACUUCAGUUCUCGGACCGAAAUACUACAAAGCUGGAACCUCUAAAGGUGAUGCAUCAAAAUCAGCAUCAAUAGCAAUUCCGUCAGGGACAUUGGCAGGUCUUGAGGACACGGCGGGGGCCCUGAGAUCGCAUGUGUCAGCUGUAAAGCAUGCACUGGAUUCUGAUGCCACUGCAUCUUCAUCGGGGGCAGAGAGCAAUGAUGAGGCAGUGGUCUACAACAAUCCUCAUCAACAGCACAUGCCUAUUGAGAAACGCGCGCUGUGGUCGUACCAACGGGCACGCGCUUCCAUCGCCGCGCGCUGGUGCUGGCUCCAGGCACAGGUCCAGGAGUUGGAGUACAAGAUUCGGCAACACACUGAUCUGCAUAAACAGGUCCGCGAAGCAAAAGGCCCCGUCCAGUUCGAAGGCGAGCCAGCGCAGCCGUCAGCCUACGAGGGCCUCCUGCCCGGCGCCUCGCUCGCCGACGACGACCCGGCCACCGAGACCUGCGCGCGCCACCGCCCGCUCCGCCGGGACACCUUCAAGAAGAGGAAGCUGCUGCAGAUGCAUAACCUGCAUAUAGCCACCAACAAGGCUGCCAAGCCUGCCGAUGUCCAUUGCAGUUGCGAGCAUGGAUUGGAGAGCUGCUGUGUGUGCACGGGACGCGCCUCGCCUACACAACCAGCGUCCGAAGGGCUCGCGAGGCUGGACCCUGGCUACCAUCCUGUGCUUAGUGACUUUAAGGGAUUGAAAAGAGGCAGACCACCUUUAUCAAGAAGAAUCAAAGAAAGAAAACAGUCUGAGGAAACUGUAACAUCUACUCAUGAAAGGUCGCGCGGCCGCGGCAGCACGGAGGCGCGCGCCCGAGCCGCAUCCUUCGACAUCGACAACAUCGUGAUCCCGCAGUCCGUGGCCGCCGCCACGCGCCCGCAGAUACUCACCUACAAGGAGAUCGUCACGCCCAAGUGGCGAGUAAUGGAGAUGUCGGACAUGCGUCUCAAUAAUGGCGUCUCUAAGAUAAGGCGGCUGUCGUUAGAGAGCGAGGAGGAGGACAUAUCGGACGCGGCGGUGCUGGCGCGGCACUCGCGCAGCGAGGCGCGCGAGCGCGGCCGCUACCUCAGCGCGCGCCGCCCGCGCCGCGCCACCGCCACCGCCGGCGACGCGGCCUGUGCGCCCGCACCUGCGCUACCAGCCGCACCACAGCCACCACGGGACCCGCACGAGUCGGUGCGACCGUACUCGCCUCGGCGCUUCCCGCUCCCCGAGCACACGUACUCGGACAUGCUGGCGAGCAUGCCGCGCGGCUACCGCCCGCCCUCCCCGCCCUCCCCCGCCGCGCACAGCCCGCUCUCCCCGCUCUCCCCCGCGCCCUACGAGGGCGACGACCCCGACGACGUCGAGUGGGACCCCAGCCAGGAGAAGCACGACAAGAGGAAGACCACCUUCAGGUGAAAACACACACAACAAGUGCUUUUGUUACACUUUUCCUGUUGAUAUUGUGCCGAUCUUGAUUCUAUGUCAUCCGAUACUAUUGGAUAUCGUAGACCCUAGCCAGGAGAAGCGGGACCUUCAGAUGAAAACACACACUAAAGGUGCUUGUUAGCUGAUACUCUGCUACGGAAAUUGUGUCCACUUACAGUCAAAUUGUCUGAUGCUAUUGGAUUUACAGUGAGAACGAGGGAGAAAGAACCCAGAACCGCGACAGUAGAUGGAUAGUCAUUAUUGUCUAGGCCGGUCAUCGAAAUGAAUGAAAUCACAAGUGUAUCGCCGGCAGAGAAAAUGUGCAAAACACAUAAAAUCCAGUAGAGCUAGCACAUCUGGCUUUAUAUGUCGCCGGCAGAUAUACUACCCUUUCCCAUGUCAUUAAUACGUAUGAUCUAUGUCGCAAAAUACUAUCGCGCAAAUCAUAUGCCCCCCUCUGGACCGUUGCAUUGUAUCAACGUCGAAAGACGUGCUCAAUUAAGUGAAACGGCUACCGAAAUCUAUUAUCUUGAACGCCACGUAUGUAGUGUUGCUACUGUUAUUGCUCAUAAAGUCGCAGUGGUCAAAAUUUGCUAAACCUUAAAUCGGAAAUAGUAAAAUAUGCAGUGUAAAUACGGAAAUAUAGAACGAAACUGUAAAGCAUUUAUACAGAACUAUCACAGUUUGCACAGGGUUGACAGCUUAUCAUAAAUUACCGUUUUCACAUACUACUACACUGAUUAGAAUAAUUCACACGACAAUAUAAUAAAGUAAGUAUGUAUACAUAUAUUGGUCUCUGUAAAUCCUGAAUAGUUCACCGUAAUUAUAUAUUACGGGCCAUUUUAAAAUUUGUUGCAAUUAUUUCCAGUAAAAAAUAAGUACACUAUACGUUCAGAUAAAGUAUUAAAUACAACAAUUCAGAAUACACUACUACAAAAGUGAAAUUAGUUUGUAUGGAAAUGCAAGGGAUUUUAAAAAGGCCCAAUCCUAAAAAUGAGUAAUCUAAUCAAUAAUUCAUGUUGGUAGUUUGAUAAAAUUGUUUGGCUUCAUUUAAAUUGUUUAAAAAUUGUUUUGGCUUAUUCUAAUAUUUUUAUGUAAGUUUGGUACACUAUAGAUAAUUUUAAGAGUCGUUGCUUAGGGUAUCGAUUGUAAGUAUUGUUUUAAAUCCAAACUCUUAAAGCUUUAUUCACUGUAAGAUAUAUCGGUAAUUGUAAAUUGUACAGAUUUCGUUUGAGUUGAUUUCACAACGGAACUAAUUUUGAGGCCAUUUGGUGCACCCCGAGUCCUCUUACAUUCCUUACCGAGUUCAAAAUAAUUCAGUUGUAUUUGUUGGGUGCUUUUAAAAACUUAUUUAAGAAAAUUCUCAUGUUUUGUGUUCUAAAACCAGCAGGCAAUGCCCUUUUUAAAUAGCUGUAAAUAGUCAAAGGGCAUAACUGUAACGCGUUUUCUUAAGACUUGUCCAAACGCAAGGCACUGGUGUGUUUCUGUAUUAAAUGUUACCAUAGACAAUUGAACUACUAGACAUGUGCAUUCAGAAUUAAACUUGCCGAGCUAAAGUAGCAUCACUUUUUUGAUUUCGCAAGUGUCUUAUUUCAAUUGUCUUUGAUGUUACGGAACCUGGGUUCCAUAGUUAAGCUGCUAGAGUAAGCCUGCCCGUGUGCCGCUAAGCGAUAUGUAAAUAUUACGAUAUAAACAGGGCACUGAAUAGUAACUAAUAGACUGGCUACAAAUUAAUUAUUUGAAUCUCUAAAAGAGAGUACUUUCUGUAUCAAAAUUCCUUAACAUACAAGAAAAUGUGAUAACAUUGGAGAUUGCAUGGUGUGUGUUGUUGAUUCUGCGUGACCCAGGUGGGUAUGGAAGGAGGACUGUUUUGUAUCUUCUCUCUAAAUUGCUCAUUUAUAACGUUUAUAAGCUCAAGAGAUGUUUAGCGUGGCUGGCUUGACUAGACAUUUCAUUUCAUACAUUUAUAACCAUAACGUAUUACUGGUCAAAAUCAAUUUACAGUUAAAUUGUAUCAAUAUCACGUAUGUUUUGUCAAUUUGGUGAAAAGUUCCUGCUUCAAUUUUAUUAUAUCAAGCCAUGUAGGUACAGAAGCUUAGUCCUUCUUCUAUUCCAUCUCAGUGUAAAAUAGUAAAAAAAUGCAUUUGCUUGUGUCAUAAUUUUUAAAUUGGAAUGUUGGUAAAUUAAUGAAUUGUAGGCCGAGUUCGGAUAUCAAAUUGUUUAUAAAACUGUAUACAAGAUGUAUUAGUUAUUUUGAUCGAUAUUGUGUUUUUACUGAUCCGGACUGGGUGUAACUGUAGAGUGAUCGUAUGUUUUGCAAGGGAAGCCAAAGCCUUCUUCUUAGCUAAGUGUAGUUUUAAGGGACGUCUCCAUUCGAGACGAGAUGCGCUUGAGAAAUACAAAAUGUCUUGUAUAGUAUGAAAAAUAAAUGUUAAAAAUUCACGAGUCA